AUAUCAUUUAAUUAAAUAUUAAUAAUGAUCUUGCUAUUACGGCCGUUAGUCAACGGCCGCCCUAGCUGAUCUUUAAUUCUAGAUCUGCUACUGCAGAUGUUAUCAAGAACUGAAAUAUGUUAAACAUCAUCCAGAUUAUGAAAGCAAACACAUGAAUACAAAAAUCUGUGGACAACUAAGACAAAAAUCAAGAGAGAGAAAAAAAAAAGAAAAGAAAAGAAAAGGAAACUUUAUUUUGUUUACUUUCUGUAGAGUUUCAUAAUGUAAUUGAUCCAGCAUAAACUCAACAAAACAUUCAUUUUCUUGGCAGCUUCACAAGUUCCCGUAUAAAAAACACCUGAAAAUUCAGAAAAGACAUUCGAGGCCAUGUUAAAUCAGUAGUAUGGGACUCGGGGAACAAUAUUUUAACUCCUAUUUCUUCAGUAAUAUUAUCUUGUCUAAUCUAAUUUAUCAGAAGUGUCACAUGGAUAAUUCAAGAAUGAAAACUACAAACAUAGAGGGGGAUAAUAUUUUACCUCCUUGCGAUCUUCCAUAUGGUUUCAUAAAAAAAUCUUGGAUUUUCUUGAAUAUACACUCUCUCUUCUCUCCAAAGAAAUAACUCUGAAGUGAUAAUUUUAUUUGUUUAAAAAUGCUGAAAUGAGUAAAUAUAGGCAAAGAGAGGGGGGAGAGAAGCUUUACACUUUAAACUUCUACGACGGUUCCUAUGGUAUGGACUGUGUGGUUACUGUAUACUAAUUAAAAAUUCUGCACGCCCGUAUAUUUGAUUACGUGUGUUGAUAACUGAUUUUGUGUACAGUGGCGGAUCUAGGAAUUGUUGUGACCUAGGGUGGCCGUUGACGUCUACAAUAGUUAGAUCGUUUAUUAAUAUUUAACUAAAUAAUAUUAAAAAUUCUUCAAUUAAUAUAUAAAUGCACAAAAACGUAAAAUCAUAUAAAUAUGAAAAUAUAAUCCAAUACAAUCCGAUAUUAUAAGAACUAGGUUGAGACUUUCAUUUAAGUUGAAAAAAUCAUUCAUAAUCUAUUAACAAAUCAACAUAUAUAACUCACAAAUCUUUAAAUCAACAAUUCAAUAUAAAUUAAGUACCGGUACUCAUUAGAUCAUCUCUCUCUCUCUGUCUCUCAACAUUUCUUGAUCACUGAUCAACCAAUUUAAUGGUCACGAUAAAUUAUCAUAGUCUGACCUCUUUGUUUUAGUUUAAAUUCCACCCUAAAUGAUGGACUUCAAUUGAUCAUAACACAAGUGAACAAUAUUGAUUAGCCCUAAAUUUAUCAUAACACAACGUCAAGAAUACAGCAAAAUAAAUUUAAAGUGGUUAAUGAUAAAAUGCAUUCACAUUUAAAAGUAAAUUGAUAUAAUCACGUCAUUUCAACUCGCUUCAAAGCCGGAUUUUAAUGGGUUCUUGAGAAAUUUGAUCUUGCCACAUGCAUCAAUUUUGCUUUUAGAACUUGAUAGAAAAAUUGCUCUUGAAACGGGUAGCUUUUUGGGGAGGAGGGAGAUUAAGGGUGAUGGCUGCGGCCAACAAGAAUUGUUUGUCCUAUUUCCCUAUGGAGAUUUUCAGCAUUCCAUAUUGAUAUGGCGAAUAGUAAGUACGAGUACGUGAAAUCCUUUGAGGUGGAAGAUGAAAUUAUGCUGCCCAACAUCAUUGUUGUCAACAUUGAUGGCCGGGAUUUCAGCAGAUUUUCUGAAAUGCACGAGUUCAUGAAGCCUAAUGACAAGAGGGCAUUAGAGUUGAUGAAUGACUGUGCCAAAAUGGUUUCAGAGCAGUUCCCAGAUAUUAUUUUCUCAUACGGGUUCAGCAAUGAGUAUAGUUUUGUGUUCAAGAAGGAAACGAAUUUUUAUCAGAGACGUGCAAGCAAAAUAUUCUCACUCAUCAUCUCUUACUUCUCAUCCGUAUACGUCACAAAAUGGAAGGAAUUCUUUCCUCAGACAGAGAUGAGAUUUCCCCCUUCCUUCCAAUCACAAGUUAUUAGCUGUGCAUCAAUGGAGGUUCUUCAAGCAUAUCUUGCAUGGAGACAGCGCGAAUGUCAUUUAAGCAACCAGUACAAUACUUGUCUAUGGGAGCUGAUCAGAAAUGGAAAAUCUGGAAAGGAAGCUGAAGAAAUACUGAAGGGAACACAUAAGCAGGACAAAAAUGAGUUGCUUUAUGAGGGGUUCAAUAUUAACUAUAAAGAACAAGAAGCCAUCUUUCGUCAAGGGACAUGUAUUCUCAAGACAGAGGUUCAACAUAUUGUGAAGUACAACAAGGAUGGUUCUCCUGUUCAAAGACUGAGGAUGAAGGCCAUAAAAGUUCAUUCAAAAAAUAUAGCAUCAAGGAGCUUCUGGAAUGACUACUUGUGUCUUUGUAGGGAGCUCGGACAAUUUGCAGAGGAUGUUAACAAAAUUAAACCUGACUAUGUCAAAUCUUUCCUGCAUGGAAGCAAGAUGAUGCCAUCCACUUGGAUUGUUAUUCGCAUUGAUGGUUGUCAUUUUCAUAGGUUUUCUGAUGUCCAUGAAUUUGAGAAGCCAAAUGAUGCACAGGCUCUAAACUUAAUGAAUUCAUGUGCCGUAGGUGUGCUAGAAGAGUUUAGGGAUAUAGUCUUCUCUUAUGGGGUUAGUGAUGAAUACAGUUUUGUUUUGAAGAAAGAGUCUCAGCUGUAUCAAAGGCGCUCCAGUGAAAUAGUAUCUGCCAUUGUCUCUUUAUUCUCUUCCAUGUACACUAUUAAAUGGAAGGAGUUUUUCCCACAGAAAGAGUUGAAACAUGUACCAUACUUUGACGGGCGGGCUGUUUGCUACCCGACCUCUGAGAUUCUACUAGAUUAUCUAGCAUGGAGACAAGUUGAUUGCCACAUUAACAAUCAGUAUAACACUUGUUUUUGGAUGCUUGUAAAAUCCGGAAAGAGCAAAAGUGAAGCUCAGAACUACUUGAAGGGUACUCAGUCUCAAGAGAAAAAUGAACUUCUUACGCAGCUAUCUGGCAUUAUUGAUUAUUACAACACAUUACCGCUCAUGUUCCGCCGAGGAUCCUCUGUUUUCUGGCACAUGCAUGACGACGAGAAAAUGGCGAACCGAGGUAACGAGCCCGUUCGAAAAUGCUGCAAAGUAGUAGUUGAACACUGUAAUAUAAUUGAAAAGAGUUUCUGGGAAGCACACCCAGACAUACUUGGUGAGAAGCUUAGUUGCUGGAAACCACUUCGUUGCACUUUUCCUUCAGACUCGCAUCAUUUAACGAGACGUGUAACUUGCUGCGAUUGCGAAGUCUCCAAAUUUGCCCGAUAUGAUAAUCUCUCUCCCCUGGAGCAACCUUCCACCAAUUGUCUCUAAGAGUCAAUAACUGAGCAUGAGAUACAUCUUGAAGUUGGAUCAGGCAUGUAUCGAGGAGACCAGUCGAAGACACUGUGUGACAAGACAUGUAUGAUUCUAUCUAGUAGAUUAAGUUUAAAUGAGAUUGUUAACAAUCUUCGUGAUUUUUCAAAUAGUAUCAGGGAGAAUUUUGAAUUAAAUUCUUUGUAUUGAUAUGGAAAGACCAAUCAUAAAAAUUAACAUGAUUUUAAUGUUAUAAGGCUUUUAACUAUA